UGCUCUAUGAAAAUUGUGCCAAGUGAAAAUCACGGACACGUGGAUCGCUGAGUGGUCGAGCAAGCGAUUCGCUAGCGGGUUGUCUGCAGGGCGGAGCGGAGCAGAGCAGAGCAGCGCUCAGGUGAGUGUGAAUGAGCCCCACGACAUACAGGGAGAGAUCGGAGGCAGCAGUCGCCGAAGCGAGCAAAUGGUGGUCUGCAGACAGAAUCGUCUAUCUUGCAGCUGCACGUAGGAAAGGCGCAUGCUGUGGCAGCCCUUCGCGGACGCAAAGGGUCUGUCGCGUCUCGUAGCAUACAAAUUGACCACCACUCUUGACGCUUUGCUUGUCGGUUACCUCAGCUGCUGCACCCCUGCGGCAGCGCAGCGACACUGCUCGCCAUGCCGGCUACAAAGAAGCCUGCUAGUAGCAGCAGCAAUGCAGAUGGCCUCAGGAUCUUUGAAGGUCUGCUCACUAGGCGGGGCUUGAGCAACAAGGCAGCGAAAUCAACCACUGCUGCUCUGGCACAGACGCUAAAUGGGGCCAAGGGUGCAGGGACAAUAUCAGGCUUGGCGGGAGGCAGCAGCGGCAGUCAUGCCAACGGUGAUGGCCAUACUGGAGUUGCAGGCAAGCUGAUACCAGCAGCCACCAACAAGAGCGGGGGCCGCAAGCGCUUCAGCUUCGCCAACUUCACCACGAAAAUCCGCUUGCGCAUAUUGCAGCAUCUCCCGACCGAGCGCGAUGUCCUGACCUUCCUACAAGUGGAAGGAGCGUGCAGAGACGUUCUCUACGUAUAUCCCGAGUCCGUCUUUGCUCGCUACCGCCACAUCGACGAUUUCCCCUGGAUCAGCUCUUUUCCGCGCCAGCGCAGCCAGCUCAUUCGCCAAUCCUGGCACUCAUCCUCUAGCAGAUGGGCAGUCGUCCUGCUUGAAGAUGCUGCAGCUGCGGCUACAACCCCUCGCAAUUCAAUCACCUCAAGUGCUUCUUCAGCUCACAAACCCCGCCACAGCCGCUAUGAUGCACUUCUGCUCGACUUUCACACCGAGGCGCUCGUCUCUUCUCGCAUCAUCCACCCAAUCCCGCGGCACUUGGCCAGCUCUUCCGACGACAAGCUGCCAGACUGGUCCGAGAUCAUUCUCGCUUCCUUCACGCGCAACGAAAAGUACGCAGUCACUUCUUCGCGCAAUCUCACCUGCGUCUGCGAAUGUGCCAAGAAGGCUAUCAUUGCGAUCAAAGAGCACCCACCGCGUCGGACGUUUGGUCGUAUCGAGCGCAGUGUUCUUACGGAAGAUGCCCGCUUCCUGAUUUUGGUCGGCACUCGUCAGGUUCAAGUAUGUUUGGCUUCGAAACCGACAGAAUGUGUGCUGUCCAUCAAGCGGCCAGAGGCGAAAGGUGGUGUGAUGCGUCGAUGCACGUACAACCCAACGACCGAGCUGCUGGUUAUCGUGCACAUGGGCUACAGCGUGGAGUGGUGGGACCUCAGCCGGCGCCGCAAGCAGCCCUACCUCAGCUAUCGCUUCACAGGGCCUUCGAUUGACCCAGAAUACAUGAAUGAACCUCCGGAGGACCCGAGCGGACGCAAGCUGUUGAUGACUAAGUUGGACGGAACGGGGAAUGCCGUGCUACAGGACUUACGGCACGUCGAGGUGGAAGGACGUCGGAUGCUGCAGAAGCCGCAUCCGCUCAUCCACUCGGACAUUGGUGGCUACAAGCGCUGGAGUUUCACGGCCGACGGCAGGUGGCUGCUGCUAAUCACAUCGUGCUGUGAGCAUCUCGUGAGGAUGUGGGAUUUGACUGCCGAUUUUGCCGAGGCGAAAGAAGUGCCUCCAUCCGAGGUCAAUCCGGAGAAGCUGUUCAAAGUCCCCAGCGGCGGUUUGCAGUUCAGAGGCACAGUCGGCACGUUCCUCAUCUGCGCCAAUUUUGCCGCUAACAGUCGCGACAUGGCUGACGCCAUUCUCAUCUUCAACACCAAGACCAAGGAGAUGAAAGUCGUCUCCACUGCAGGCAGCCACCUGCACAAGACUUGUCCAGGCGUGUCGACCGUCUCGCCUGAGGGCAACUGCCUCGUGACGACAUGCGAGAAGCGCGACGAGGUUCGCACAUGGCUCGUGCCGGACAAGGUGGACAUGAUCCCGCCGCAGAUUCAGCUGCAGAAUCAUCGCACGCAGCCGAUGCCCAAAGAAGCCCUCGAUGAGAACGGCCGCGACUUGGUCAAAGAGGCGAAGCGCAUGCAAGCAUCUACGAUCCGUCCCGAGAUCUCCAGCGGCGAGUACUUUGUCGUCACCAAUCGCAACAACAUACUCGUUCCCGCGACGCGUUCGACCUUCUUCACCAAGAGCUUUAAGGAGAAUGUCCGCGACCUGCGCGCUCGGAACCGCGAUGCUGUCUUCAAAGUUACGCAGCGUACAAUGGACCGGCUAUGGGAAAUGUACCGCGUCGCGCUGGUCAAGAAAAAUUACAGCAAGGUCGAUCUGCUCCUCACAGCCGGUGGAGAGACUGCAGCCUGCUUGGCGCAUCUCCCUCGCGCGCUUUUCCGGACCAUGUGGCAGGUGGCGUCGAUUGAGACGCUCCUCCGCAACCCUGACUAUUUUCACCGAUGUUACUCCAUGUCAGCAGCGCCUGCGCCGGGCAUGGCCGUGUCCAGAGUCAGCGGCAAGAAGCCCAGUACCUUCUGCGGCACCGUCUCAACUUCUUCGUCAGCGGCCGCGUCUGCAGCCGCAAUGGUCGCCCACCCGUCUGGCUGUGGUAACUUGAAUGAAGGAGUCUGUUCCACUUCGUCGGCCAAGGCACCUGCACAUCACUGCCAUGACACUUUCACCAUGCUCGACAAGGCUCCCGCUGCGGCCGAGGCACUCUGGCUGCACCGCCCUUCCCUGCAUCUUCUGGGCCGCUCCGAGGUGGUUGAGCUGAUGCUGGAUGACUUUGCGGGUAGUGAGAAGCGUGACGUCUUCUUCUCGCAGGACGGCUACUGGGUGCUGGGAGGACCAAGGAUCUACAAUCUGAAAGAGGUUGAGGGUUACUUGCAGGAGAAGGCAUCGUUCGAAACGGACACCAUCAAUGCUGUCGGUUGCUUGAACGAGCUGAUGGACAGACUCUCCUGCUCGUGCAAGAGUUGCACGAAAAUCGCCAACAGCUUGGCAGCGCUUGUCGCUCCUUGAUCGUAGAUGGACUCCACCAAGGCCAUGGAGAUCUCGCUUCCGACCCAAGUCAGGCCAAAUGUGGCUCCUUCCGGCGCCUGCGGAUGCGCCUGCUCACUCUUCUGCCUUUGCUUGUCUGCAUACUGUAUACUACUUAAUGUCGCAAGGACCUUUGGCCAGCUGCUUUUUUGCUCUGGCACACCUCG